AUGAAAAGUUCAUAAAAUGUUCAUUAAUUCAAAGAAGAUGAGAUUAAAGAAUUAAAGUAGUAUAUCUUAUAAAUGGAAUAAGAACCAUAAAUUUAUGAGAAUCUGAAUCAAGAUUAAAUAUUUGGAAUAAUUUUCAUUAUACUUACCAAAUCUUCAUAUCAUAGAACAUAAUAUGAAAUUGAGAUUUUGAAGAAAGCUACUAAACAUAUAGUUUAUUUUUAGAAAUUACUAGAAAAAGACUAAGGAGUUUUACUUUGGGAGAGAUGUUUAAGAAAAAUGAGUUACAAAUCUCUAAGAAAGGGUGAAACUCUAUUUAGAGAAGGUGAGUUAAUAUUAAUUAUAUUUAAGGUGAUGUGGGAACUACAUUCUAUAUUAUUUUGUAAGGUAGAGUGUCAAUUCAUAAAAGAAUGUUUGUUGGAGAUUGUUAUCAAGAAAAGGAGUUAAUCCAAAUGAGUGAUGGUUAAGCCUUUGGUGAGCUUGCAUUAGAAAAUAAUGAACCUAGAUCUGCUUCUAUUACUGCUGUAAUUCCAACUCAUUUAGCAGUCUUAGAUGCAGAGGAUUAUAUGGUUAUCAAAAAAACUGUGGUAUUUAUUUUCCUAAUCCAAAAGAUAAAUCAAUAAAGGCAGAUGUAUUUUGAAGAAUUUGCAAAACUCUCUAUUUUUAAAGACUGGAAGUUUAUGAGUGUUAAAUCUUUGUUCGAUGUUAUGAAAUUAAAUAAAUUUAGAUUGAAUCACACUGUAUAUAAAGAAGGUGAUCCAUCUAAUGAAGUUUAUUUCAUAUAAUCAGGUGAAUUUAAAGUAUUUACUUUAAAAAUCUUUAGGUUAUUAAAUGUUUAAGAAUGAAUAAGGAAUAAACUAAUAAUUAUUAAGAAAGUGAUGAUGAUGUAGAAUUUUUAAAAUAAUAAUUUGCAUACAAUAAACCUUCAUUAACAAAUUAAGAAAAAAUUGAUAAAUUAUAUCAGAAAAAAAAAUAUGGAAAUCUUAUUGCUAGUGAUAAAAAGUUAAUUAUGACAUUAAAAUUUCUGGGAGCAGGAGAAAUGUUUGGAGAAUUAGAAAUCUUAAAAGCUCCAGAUUUAAUUAGAUAGUUUAGUAUAGUCUCUACUUUUGAAAGUAAUAGUGUCUAUUCAGUUUCUAAGAGAGAUUUCAUGAGAGUUUUAUAUUGUGAUCCUGCAUUAAAUAAAAGUUUGACUGCUUUAAAUGACAAAAAAUUAAAAUAGAUUUUAUAAUAAAUUAGAGUAUAUGAAAAAAAUUUUAUAGAUCAAACAGAAAAAAUUAAUUUACUUGAAAGAACUUAAAAUAAAACAUUCUUAAAACCAGAAAAUCUACUCUAAAUUUAAGAAAAUUAAUAAAAAUUAUUAUUUAAUAGCACUAAUUAAAUUUUUAAGAUUAGUAGCAGAAUAAAAUUAGAUGAUAAUAGAUUAAGAUAAUAAACUUUAACAUUAGAUAAUCCUGUUGAAUCUGAAUAAGCUUAUUUAAAUAAACUAUUAAAAUCUGCUUAAUCUGCUUAACAUUCAAGAUAAAAAACAGAAGAAUUAAUUAUAUAAUAAUCAUUAAAAUAGAAAAAUAAAAAUAAGAAAUAAACAAAAAAGCAUUCAUCUACUCCUGGAAUUCUAGGAACUGCUUUAGAAAAUAUUAGUUAUCAUAUUCGAAGACAUCCAACAUAAACUUCUUCAAAUUAAAGAUUUUAAACAAGUUCAUCAUGCAAAUUAGAUAUAGAUAACAUACAAAAAUCUAAAUUUUAUUUUACAACUUGUUUACCUCUAGUAUUGUAAAAUAAUUAUUAUAGACUUAAAACUAAAUAAUCAUAAUGA